AUGAAAACCCUCAUUGCUUUGUUGGUUACUCUCUUCAUAGCAUCCGCAGAAAUCCAUCAAUUCCAAAUCGGAUACCGGCCGAAUCUUCGCCAACGUCUGCAAGCUCAAGGAAAACUAGCCGAGUAUGAAAAAGAGAGAAACGAAGUGCUUUCAAAAAAGGGUGUCCAAUUGGCACAAUCAUCUUCGCCGAUUAUUGAUUAUGAGGACAUGGCGUACAUGGUCCCGAUUAGUUUAGGGACACCACCUCAGAAUUUUGUCCUUUUUAUCGAUUCGGGUUCUUCGAACUUGUGGGUGCCAGAUGUUACUUGUGCUGGUGGAAAAGAUGCAACAUGUGGAAGUUACUGUAAAUCGACCCCUUACGACGCUUGCCUCACAUUCUGUCAAGAAGAGUGCUGUACUAAAAGUGUCAAAGUUUCAGCAGCAAAUUUCAGCAAGGCUGACGCAUGUCAAUCCAAACACCGUUUCAACUCUUCCCUAUCCUCCUCUUAUGUUUCCGAUGGUCAAAAAUUUGAUAUGACUUACAACACUGGGGAAGUCAAAGGGUUCUUUGGAGUCGACACGUUUUGUUUCACAAACACCUCCGUCUGCGUCAAUGGCCAGCAAUUCGGGCAAGCCACAACGAUCGGAGAGGCAUUCGGAAAACAACCUGAGGAUGGAAUCAUUGGUCUCGGAUGGCCAGCUCUGGCCGUCAACCAGCAGACCCCACCUAUGUUCAAUUUGUUGAAUCAAGGAAAACUGGACCUGCCGUACUUUGUAGUGUAUCUAGCGGAAAUCGGACCAACGUCGCAGAUUAAUGGCGGCGCGUUCACUGUUGGAGGUCUGGAUACAACUAAUUGUGAUGCCAACGUUGACUGGGUGCCGUUGACUAGUAGAACUUUUUGGCAGUUUAAGCUUUCUGGAGUCUCAUCAGGAUCCUACACACAGACACCAUCAUCCGGCUGGCAAGCUGCUGCAGACACUGCGGCCUCUUUCAUCGGUGCCCCUAAAAGUGUGGUAAUAAGUCUAGCGAAGGUCAUCGGUGCCACCUAUGUCCCUCUCACUGGAGCAUUCUUCAUUGACUGUGACGCUGUCACUCCUGACAUUGUUUUCACCAUCAACGGGAAGACAUACAACAUGCCAUCAUCGUCAUUCGUAGUGUCUGCCGGACCUGGACCAUGCAUGUUCGCGUUUUAUGAGUUGAGUGCUGGAGGGUUCUAUCCAUCUUGGAUGCUCGGACCACCAUUCAUGCGAGCUUUCUGUCAUGUACACGAUAUGCAGAAUGGAAGACUUGGAUUGGCUAAUAUU